GAUUGGCGGAGCCGCGACGGGCAGCGAGCGCCGAUUGGCGGAGCCGGCUGUCGGUCAGCGGCCCGCGGUUGUCCGGGCGGCGGGAGGUGGACCAUGUCGUGGGACUCGGCGGCUGUGGAGAUGGACGGGGGCAGCGGCGGCGGGGACUGGUUCUGGCACCGUGAGGUGUCCGACGGCCUCUACCUGAUCCGUGAGCGGUUUUUCGAGGCGGGCAAGCGGGCCAACAUGUGGCUGGUGCAGGGCUCGCAGCGGGACCUGGUGGUGGACGGCGGCCUGGGCCUGAGCAGCCUGCCGGCCUUCCUGCGCGCCCGCGGCCUGGUCGGCGCCAAGCCGCUGCUGGCCGUCGCCACCCACGUCCACUUCGACCACUCGGGCGGCCUGCACCACUUCGAGCGGGUGGCCGUGCACCGGGCCGAGGCCGGCGCCCUGAUGCGGGGCGACAACUACGAGGCCGUCACCUGGCUGUCGGACGCCGAGAUUUCCAGGGCCCCUCGGGCGGGCUGGAAGGCAGACACGUACCGGGUGAAGGCGGUGCAGCCCUCCCGGGUCCUGGACGAGGGUGAUGUUAUUAAUCUUGGAAACCGUCAGCUCACUGUUCUGCACAUGCCUGGUCACUCCAGAGGUUGCAUCUGCCUUCAUGACCAGGAGAACCACAUUCUCUUUAGUGGCGAUGUAGUAUACAAUGGGGCCAUGAUUGAUUGGCUCCCUUACAGUAACGUCAGUGACUACAUCCAAACCUGCAAUCGCCUAAUGACUCUAGUGAACAAUAACCUUGUGAAAAAAGUGCUGCCGGGUCAUUUUGAGUCCUUUGAUGGUGAAAGACUUUACAACUUGGCCUCGAGUUAUGUCGCAAAUGCUGGGGUGUGCCAUAAAAUUUCAUCAUUCGCUGUUCGAGGCAUUGCAAGCGUAGUCCUUUGGUUUAAGAAUUCUCGUAGACAAGUGGUACGAUAAGAUCGGUGGCACAAAGCUUAGAAACACUUAAGCUUUCAGAUUUAAAUAAAAUUGCUUUGUAAAGAAGGAGUGUCAAAUAAGUGUAAAGAAGUAAGUCAAAUAAUACUCAUUCUUAGGGAGUUAAGGUUAAUACUUGCUAAUUGGAGGAAGCAGUUUUACAAGCAUCCAUGUGGAAGAGUAUGGUCAUAUAACAAUUCGACAAGUAAUUUGGUGAACACAUUGUGAUUAUAUAAAGUUACAAAAGAAUAGAAAUGGAAAAUUAUAUUCAACAAAUAGAAAAUUCACAUUGAGGACUUCGUAUUUUAUGAAAGACUGCCUUUAAAAUUUGAUUACUGUAAUGACGAUUUCAGUGAUAUCAGUCUUCAAUCUGGCUCUUUAAUUUUAGAACACUAGAUUGAUAUAACAUUUAGUUCCCCAUUAAGCAUACAAUUUAAAUUUUGCCUGAGUUUUGCUAGGAAGAGAUUUCUGAAAAUGGUUUGCUUAAAUUAAUGCACAAUUCUCUCUCCCUCUCUCACCAUCUAAACACAUGGAAUGGGGAUGGAAAACCUUUUCAUUAAUGAUGAGAAACAGUUAAAGAUGAUCUCUUGAAAUCUGUGUAUGGUGAUGGAUGAGGAAAAUUGUGUUCCUAUUUGAAUAAUCCACAUCUUUGUGAAUUUCCUAAUUGGUCAGGUAACAUUUAAAGAAUGACCUUAAAUGAUGAAACACCAAUAUGGUGCAGCCAUUGGAAGCUGGUUCACUUCCCCAACAAAAGUAUUUGAGUAAAUAUUUUAGAAGUAACAAUAAGACAAAUAUUAAAGAGGAAAGCCCACUCUGCUAUUUAUUCCUACUCCAUUUAUUGAGCAAUUUAUUUUCCUUAAUAUCUUUCUGAAUUUGCACUUUUACCAUCGUUCCUUUCAUGUUUCUUGUCUUUUGAUAAUUUAGGUGUUUUUCUGUUUUAACCACUGCUUUUGAUAUGUGAGGCCCCUGUCACUUUUCUUCUUAUAAUUGAACCUGUAUUAUCAACUGACAAAAGUUUUCUCCUGUUGAUAUCUGUGAGCAAAUGGACACUAGUAAAUAGUGAUAGCAUGGUGUAACAUGAAAAUAUCUCAUAACAGGAAUUUCUGUCACAAACCUAGAUAGUGUUGAGGGCAAGUAGUGUGCAGAUAAUGGAAUUGUGUUAACCUUAUUUAUACUUGGAUUAGAUCUUAGUGCUUUUUUACUUAAUGUAAAAACUCAUUCAGUAAAACUUACAUACUUGCACACUUACAGAUGUUUGCUAAGGUCUUCUGGGAGAGUUUAUUAUGCCCUAUUAGUAUUAUUUAGUUUUGACAUGCCUUUCUUUUGAUGCAGGGGAUAUGGUUGAGCAAGGAUUAGGGUUAGAGCAGAUCAUUUGGUAUACUAGUCUAAAGGAUGCCAAGACCCUGUCUCGCUGAAGGCCAGCCUGGAAAGGCUUGCUGUGGAAUGUGACUAGAAUAUAUAUAGAGUUUUGAACUGGUCACACCUCUUUUGUGUGCUUCACUGUCCUUUUUCCUUUAGUGAUGAUCGAUCUUACUCCCAAGAAUCUCUCACUAUUGUCAAAUGAUAGCAUGGAGACUACCCAAUAAUGGAUCUUCAUUAUAAAAUGUCUAAAUGGGCUAGUUUGCAGUAUAUUUUGCAUAAGAAUAAGUCUUGCAGCCGGUGUCAGAAUUAAAGGGAAUGGUAGUUUAUAUAAUACAAGCACACCUCAAAAGGAGGGAUACAAGGCCGCAAUUAAUAAUUUUGUAUCUGACAGAACUUCUUCGUACCACCUGAGUGAGUCUUGUUUUCUUUGUGGGAAGAAUCCUUAGUAUAUGCAAACACAUAAACAAAGAACUUAGCUUCUGGGGGAUAAAAUUUAAAUGGAGCUGGGACAUUACUUUGGUUGGGAACAUUUAGACAAAGUCUAGUUCAGAUUCUAAAGUGCCAGGAAAUACAACAGGGCCUCCAUGCACUUUUUAAUUGAUGAACAUCCAGGUAAGACUCUUUGUAAAGUCUUGCUGAAAUAGUAUGAAACAGCCUCAUCCUGUUUUCCCUGCUUGACUGUGUAUACAAUAUUAGGGUCCAGGAAAGCAAAGCUACACUCACUUAUUUAUCAUUGUAAAGGAGAAGUUUUAUGUUGCUCUAGAAUGGCACUAUAACUAAGUUUGAAAUAAUGUGUUGCCAACAUCUUCACAUGCUUUCUAAAUACUGUUUUGGUUAUACCAUGGGAGAGGAACAUUGGGUGACGUGUGUUUUGAGAUUCUAGUAAAGAAUAAGAUAUGGGAAAGAAUUAGAUAAUGACUUACUUUUGAUAUUGGGUAUGAAAAAUGAAACAAAUUCCACAAGUUAUAGAUAGUUUAUAUCUCCCUUGAUUAAUUCAGUAUUCAUAUUUACUACAGGUGUUAUAAUGAAAACAAAUAUAUUGCAAAUAAAACAUGUUCUGCAGUUUGUAUUUGAAAUUCUUGCUGAAAGUUUCUUAAACUUAAUUAUAACCUAUUUAAAUUUUGAAACUGGAAUAAAUGGAACACAAUUUAAGAGGUCACAGGGUAGUUUAUCUAUUUCCCAAUCAUGUGAUUGUUUUAAUUCAGUCUUUGCUCACUUUUGGGAAUAAAUCAUUUCUCAGUCCAUCAUAUAUCCUGUUCAUCCAUGACAUCAGUAUUUUAAAGCUGCAACCAAAAGAUUGACAGUAUUCCUGUAAUCAAAACUUGUUUUGAUUUGACACACAGCCAGCAAUUUAGCUGAUGCAUUUAUGUUCCUUCAAGACAGAAAAUAAAGUCCCUCAAUUUAAACUAGUUAUAACAAAACAUGCCAGACAUUUACAAUAGUUCUGUUAAUCAGACCAUUAAUGAGACAUUUACAGGUGCCCAAUUUCUAAAUUUGUUUCAUCUUUUACAACUUAUUCUGUUAAUUUUGCAUCACUAUAAAUGGUACAGAUACUUUCUGGAACUCCUGGUAUUUUUACUCACUUUUCCCCCUCUGAUUUAAAAAAAAAUGUUGUAGUAGGUAUAUUCCUUGACUGGCAUAAAAGAAAAACCUUGGUAAGUAGUUAAUGCUGAGAAAAUAUAAAAUGUACGUUAAAAAUACAUCUAUAUGUAAAGAAGUUUGGAGAUGUUCCCUUUUUUUGUCAAUGGAUGUUUAGACUUGCUUCUACCAAGACAUUAGCCAAUUUUGAUCUUUUACAAGCAGCAGCUAUACGAUUAUAUGUGAAUCCCAAUGAUAAAUUGUUGUAAAAUCCAGUCAAAUAAUUAUUUGUUGUAACUUGUUUAAAUCUCCUUUUCAUCUUGUAUUUGUCUGCUCCAUUGUGCUAUCCUUUACUAAGUCAAAUAGGCCUGUCAUUUGGGAUUUUGUUUUUCUGCAGUAAAGAUUUGGGAAAAGAUAUUACUUAAAUAUUGGGGUUUUUUGAAGCAAAAUGCAUUUGCAAAAUCAUAAGGAAGGCACUGGCAUAAGGGGCAAUUUAAAUGAUACUGGGCUUCAAAAUUUCUCCAGUGACUAAAAUAAUCAAUUUGCUAAUAUCAAUAAUCUGUAUUGAUAUUUCACACCCACCAAGGUUCAUGGCAGUGGUUGUCUGACAGUGGACUCCCCUUUGCUUGAGAACAGAAGUAAAAGCAGGAACAAAAUCACAGCCACUUUUAAACGGAAGGUUGUUAGGGAAAAUUUUUUGGCAGGCUUAACAACUAAUAGCAGGGGACAUUGUUUAAGCUAAGCAAGACAAUCCACUGAUAUGGGGAAAUGGAAAAUACUUUUGAUUUUUGUCACUUUAACAUACUGAUCAAUUCACUUGGGUCAAUUGUAAUUGUUGUUUUGUAUGUUUUAUUGUUGUGAAAUAAAUCAUUUUAAUGACCUUCCUCUU